GGCGCGUAGUUGUUGUUGUCUCUUGUCUGGCUGAACAUAGUGAGGGUGGUUCGGUUGUUGUGCGUGUUUCGUUUUUAGCAAAAAGCAGAAAUCAUAACAUAAAGUAUUAUUAUAGUGAUAAGUGUCAAAUCAAAAGCAAAGCUGGGAACAAAUACCAGAAAAUUAAUACACAACAAGCAAUUAUAAGUACACAAAAGUUGCAAAAAUGUUUUCGCGACCAAGCCUAUGCGGCAACCUGAGUAAAUUGUAUCGCAGCGGUAGUGCAGCUGCAACUGGAACAACAACAACAAGUGCAACAUUGCCGGCAACAUCAGCGCUGGCGCUGUGUGAUGCCCGUGGAUAUCAUGAGGUAGUUGGUGAUAUUGUCUGCCCCUCGCAGGUGCGGGGCGUUGAUCACAUACGCGAUCCCCGUUUGAAUAAGGGCUUGGCCUUUACGCUGGAGGAGCGUCAAACGCUGGGCAUACAUGGACUGCAGCCGGCGCGUUUCAAGACGCAGGAGGAGCAGCUGCAGCUUUGCAAAAUUGCUGUCAAUCGUUAUACGGAACCGCUCAACAAGUAUUUGUAUCUGAGCGAUCUGUACGAUCGUAACGAGCGUUUGUUCUUCCGUUUUCUCUCGGAGAACAUUGAGGAUUUGAUGCCCAUAGUUUAUACGCCCACAGUGGGCUUGGCCUGCCAACGCUUUGGCCUGAUCUACAGACGUCCGCAUGGUCUCUUUGUUACCUUCAACGAUCGUGGUCACAUCUUUGAUGUGAUGAAGAACUGGCCGGAGCCAAAUGUGCGUGCAAUUGUCGUAACUGACGGCGAGCGUAUCCUCGGCCUGGGUGAUCUGGGCGCUUGCGGCAUGGGCAUUCCCGUGGGCAAGCUGGCUUUGUAUACAGCUUUGGCUGGCAUUAAGCCACAUCAGUGUUUGCCCAUUGUCGUAGAUGUGGGCACCAAUAACAUCGAUCUGCUGGAGGAUCCGCUCUAUGUGGGUUUGCGCCAGAAGCGCGUGGUUGGACGCGAAUACGAUGACUUCAUUGAUGAGUUCAUGCAGGCAGUUGUAAAGCGCUAUGGCCAGAAUACUCUCAUCCAGUUUGAGGACUUUGGCAACCACAAUGCAUUUAGAUUCCUAGACAAGUAUCGCGACACAUACUGCACAUUUAACGACGAUAUUCAGGGCACAGCUGCUGUCGCUGUUGCCGGACUGUACGCCUCGAAGCGCAUAACUAACAAGUCCUUUAAGGAUUAUACGUUCCUGUUUGCUGGCGCCGGCGAAGCCGCCAUUGGCAUUGCAGAUCUUGUGGUCAAGGGCAUGAUGGCUGAGGGCGUGUCCAAAGAAGAGGCUUAUAGCAAAAUAUUCAUGGUCGAUAUUGAUGGCUUGCUGACCAAGUCACGCAAGGUGGGCAAUCUGGAAGGCCAUAAGAUUAACUAUGCCAAAGACAUUGAGCCUAUGUCUGAUCUCGAGCAGAUUGUAGCAACUAUUAAGCCAAGUGUGCUAAUUGGUGCUUCAGCUUGCGCUGGCCUAUUUACGCCCAAGAUUUUGCGCACCAUGGCCGACAACAAUGAAAGGCCCAUUGUGUUUGCUCUCUCCAAUCCAACCAGCAAGGCGGAAUGUACUGCCGAAGAGGCUUACCAUAAUACGGAUGCACGUGUUAUUUUCUCGUCUGGAUCGCCUUUCCCACCUGUCACCGUUGGCGAUAAGACCUAUUAUCCUGGUCAGGGCAACAAUGCUUACAUUUUCCCUGGCGUGGGCUUGGGCGUCAUUUGCACUGGCACUCAUCACAUACCCGAUGAUAUGUUCCUCAUUGCCGCCCAGGAGUUGGCCAACUUUGUCGAGCCCAGCGAUAUUGAGCGUGGCUCAUUGUAUCCCCCUCUAUCGAGCAUUCGCGAUGUGUCCAUGAAUAUUGCCAUUGGUGUAACCAAGUGUGCAUAUGAUAACGGCUUGGCAUCUACUUAUCCGGAGCCGCAAGACAAGCGCAAGUGGCUGGAGGAUCAGCUGUACAACUUCAACUAUGAAUCAUCGAUGCCAGUGACUUGGGCUUGGCCACGCAUGCCCUACAUAAAGACUCGCGAUGAAAGUCCGCUAAUUGCCGCUAUCAAAUAAGCAAGCGUUUAAUUCUGUUGGUUGAUUGAUGGCACCUCUGUUUUGUAUUAUAACCCACUCUACUUGUACUACUACCAACACCACUACUACUUUUCAAGCAUCAGCAC